GCUCGGACAAUGAAGGCAAACAUUCGAUUACAGCGUCUGAUCUUGAAGGUCCUUGCUGUGCGCCUAUUAGAGCGCCACCUAGUUCACCUGAGAUUAUGCAUGAGAUUCGCAAGUUUCGAGUACGUCGAAUGCAUAAGGUGAUGCAUGUUUUGGAUCAAAUAUACUUUUCACCGGUUCUACAACGAAAGUUCAAGGCUCUUGCGCGUCUUAAGCGCCGCCGCCAUAAAUUGGGUUGCAAGGCGGUUGGUUCAAAGCGUGCUACUGGUGGGGGUGGACCAAGUUCACCAAAUGGCAAUGCCAGUGAGAGAUUGAUAAGCAGCGAAAGCCCCCAGAUAACUGUCAAAACCGCACGCCAGUCGCCUGACUCUGAAAGCUCCGAAAGCAAUGGGUCUCAGUCGUCAGACUUAUUGACCGAUGCAAGUAACGAAAUAAAUCAGACUGGUAAACAGUCAACUCGUAAGCGUAACAAAAAAAAGAAGCACAUGGCUACAGAAAAAUGCAAAACUAAAGCAACUAACCGAAAAAUGCGUGUUGACCGGAACUUGCGACUUUGGCUGGCUAACCGACGCAUUUUCAUUUUUCGCCGCAAAAAGAACCGCCGACAGCGUAUCCGAAACAAGCCGCUUAAGAAGCGUGGCGAAGUGAUUAGAACGGCACUCGAUUUACCUACCACCGAUCCGGGCUCUGAUUUACAUUUUUCCACAGAUGAUGAAGAAGUUUUCCCAACAGGUAACGUCACAUUUGGGGCAGUAGCACCACUUCGUCACACUCUACUGCAGAGUGAGUUGCAGCGGCGAUAUAUUGAAGAAAUUGGAGACUUGGUAGUGCAAAAGCCCAAACCCGCCCAUAUGCCGCCAGAAUUAAUCGUCACAGCACCCUCCAAAAACUGCGGUCCAGGUGGAGUUAAAAAAUUGGAAGUAUACAAACUGAUACCUAGCACAGCACCCGAGCAACAAGCUCAGAUGCAAGCCAAGACAAGCGGUACUGGCGCUCGACGCACGUAUUCCUGGCACAAUCUCAACCAAGAUAGCGGCCGUGCUAAACCUAGUUUCUUCAUGAACGAAUCAAAACCAGACCCAAAGAUUCAGAAGAGUCCAACGAGGCGCAUACCAAACAAUUUCAUCCCACUAAAUCUGCAAAGUCAUGGCCAUUCAAACCACGCUGAGGACCUACACGUAAAACUAUCCAUUAAAAAAAAAAUUUGGGCGGGAGCUUACGGUGACUCUGACGUUCGACCACUGGGUUGGUACAAAGGCCAAUCCCAGGCACAUGCUCACAUGGCUACCGUGAUGGCAACGGCAGCAGCUACUGCAGCUCUUCGAAGCGCUGAAGGGUCACAAGCUCGAAGCAUGUAUACCGCCGCUAGUAACAAGGAACCAUUGAUAUCGGCAGCAGAAUCAACAACAGGUUCAGCAACCUUACCACCUGCUUAUGUAGGUGCGCCACGUAGAUCCCGCAAAUUGGAGCAGGUGGAUUUAUUUAACGCCUGUUCAGAAAAGCUGUUAUUGUGGCAGCAAAACCAUACAAAAACACAACCUUCAAACACGCGCCUUUUAGGCGGGACGACUACUAAGCUAGAGAAUCCGCAGAUCUUUAUGCGCGGUCGCAAACCAAAAAAGAUCAUCCGAACAACCGGCGGAAAUGAUGCCCAUUCAAACGUGUCCGGAGUAACUGGGAAAGGGAAACGCAAGACAAGUAUAAUUAAACUUGCUGAGACGACGCAGUUUGUAACACGUUUUUCACGAACCCAUACAAGUACUGGAGGUUCUGCCGCUGGCAGCGGAUCAGAAAGCACACAAAACGCCUCUGUCAGUGGCAUUCAAAACUCUGGUGGACGCAUUACCAGCAAGUUUAAGACUGGUGGCCUAGUCGUAACAGCGGUCCAACAAUCGGUGGGCAGUCAUGCAGGGGGUGUUAAUGUUUCAAAACGUAUACCCCAUACUGGUGGUCUGCCCAUAAAAAAUAGCAGCAACAGUGUCGCCUCUAAUACUCAAAACAUGUUUCAAUGCCGCAUCGAAGAUAAACAAGUGGCAGGAAUUUCCCUAGACACGGUCAACCUGGUUCGCAAGGUUAAGACAAAGUUGAAAAAACGGAAGUCCCGCACGCUUGCGAAUGAUGCCGCUACAUCUGCUAAAUAAAAUCUAUCAGUAAUAGGGCCGAAACACUAAGAUCCCGGACAUCCCUCGACUCCCUCUUCGACAGUUUCCUUUAUCAAACUCUUUCAUGUACUUGUAUGUGAAUUUAUUAUUAAGCCAAAUUUUAGCUGAAUUAGUUAUAGAAAUAAUGCGCCAGAAUGGCAUUAAUGAUAAUAACCAAUUAGCAAAAUGUGAGCACAUUGAUGUAGCAAAAUUUAUGGGGUACUAUACUACCCCAAAGUGUAUGCAUUGCGUAUAAUGUACAUAUAUUUGAA